AAGGGGCACUGCACGACGAUUGCUGAGUUCAUAUUUGUGGGGUUAACAGACAAUAUUAUACUACAGCCAAUUCUCUUUGUCAUAUUUCUUAUCAUCUACACCAUCAGCUUGAUGGGAAAUCUUACACUGAUUAUAUUAAUUAGUGCCAGUUCUCGGCUUCACACACCAAUGUACUUCUUCCUCAGCAACUUAUCUUUCCUUGAUAUCUGUUAUUCCUCAGUGGUUGCCCCCCAAACACUGGUCAACUUCAUAGCAGAUAAAAAAUCAAUUUAUUUCAUUGGAUGUGCAACACAAAUGUACUUUUUCAUAGCUUUAGGGACUACAGAGUGUUGUCUCCUGGCUGUGAUGGCAUAUGACCGGUAUGUUGCCAUCUGUAACCCUCUGUUGUAUCCAGUCCUUAUGUCACCUAGGGUCUGUAUCCCUUUGGUAAUUGGAUCAUAUACUCUUGGAAUUUUUCAUUCACUUGUUCAUACAGUCUUCACAUUUAGAUUGCCUUUCUGUGGCUCAAAUAAGAUCAACCAUUUCUACUGUGAUAUCACACCACUGUUAUCCAUCUCUUGUUCCAAUACACAUGUCAGUGAAAUUCUUUUAUUUAGUCUUGUUGGAGUCAUUGAAAUCAUCACCAUUAUGACUGUUGUGAUCUCCUACACCUAUAUUCUUGCCACCAUCCUCAGAAUCCGCUCAGCCCAAGGAAGACAGAAAGCUUUUUCCACCUGUGCCUCUCAUUUUACAGGUGUCACAAUUUAUCAUGGGACAAUUCUCUUCAUGUAUUUGAGACCCACCUCUAGCUAUUCUUUGGAUACUGACAAAAUUCUGGCUGUAUUCUAUACACUAGUAAUCCCCUUGCUUAAUCCAUUGAUAUAUAGCUUGAGGAACAAAGAUGUAAAGGAAGCUUUGAAUUACUUCCUUAAAAAGAAUUUCUCCAUACAUGUAUUGUUAGCAUGA